AUGCCACCGCGCACGAAGAAGAUCGCGCCAGCUGAUACUGGCGACGCUUCAGCAAAGGCGGCGUCGGCUUCACAAAAGCGCCCUGCUGCAGAAAAAGGAGCGACACAGCCGAAGAACACAACCAAUUCCAAGGACUCGGAACCCAAACCUCACGCGAAGAAGAAGCCGGUUCCGGACGACCUUGAUGCUCUCCUCCGGCCUUUUUACUACACGAAAAGCCUGACAGAUCCCAUCAACACAGCCAAAGACAAAUGGAACUUGCUUCCGGCUUUCCUGCGCGUGAAAGGAUUGAUCAAACAGCAUACGGACUCUUACGACUUUUUCAUCGACGUCGAGCUCAAGAAGAUCGUCAAAGCCAACGCUUUUAUUCACUCGGAAGUUGAUGACAAGAAAUGGAUCCGCUUCACGGACAUUCGCGUCGGGAAGCCAUGUCGUGUUGAAGACGCCCGCCAUGGUUGGGUUGAGACUGCGGUAACCCCCAACGAAUGCCGCUUGCGAGACAUGACUUAUGCUGCUCCGAUUUACGUCGACUUUGUCUAUCCUAGACAAUCCGGAGUUACCAGGAAAACCGAUGUCAUGAUUGGCCGCAUGCCCAUGAUGCUCCGAAGCUCCAAAUGUGUUCUGAACGGGCGCUCCGAGACCGAAAUGGCGUGGCUGAACGAAUGUGCGGUGGAUCCCGGUGGAUACUUUAUCGUUCGCGGCCAGGAGAAAGUGAUCUUAGUCCAGGAACAACUCAGCAAGAACCGCAUCAUCGUCGAGACUUUCAAAGGUGUGAUUCAGGCCUCUGUGACCAGUCACACCGCCAAUGUCAAGACCAAGACCUACGUGCUUGUGAAGAAAGGGCACAUUUACCUGAAGCACAACACCCUGAACGAGGAUAUUCCAGUCGCGAUCAUGCUACGCGCUAUGGGUGUGCAGUCAGACCAUGAAAUCCUUUUGCUGGCGGCUGGGAACGAUGCUCAGUAUCAGGAUGAAUUCGCCAACAACCUCGAGCUUGCUGCCAUCGAAGGCGUCUUCACCCAGGAGCAAGCCCUUGAAUACAUUGCCACCCGGUUGAAGCCAGAUCGCUUCGGCGACAGAGCUCGGAACCGCGAGAAGACUUCAAAGCAGAUCGCUCUUGAAAAGAUUGCGGGUACCAUAAUUCCGCAUGUUGAGGUCGAAGGCAUGAACCUGCGGCCCAAAGCACUGUACAUCGCGUUCAUGACGCGCAGAGUGCUGAUGGCAAUGAACGAUCCAAAGCUCGUGGACGACCGCGAUUACGUUGGUAACAAACGUUUGGAACUCGCUGGACAGAUGCUUGCCUUGCUCUUCGAGGAUCUCUUCAAGGACUUUGUAAGGAUGAUCAAAAUCAACAUGGAUAAACUGCUCAAGAAGCCGAAUCCCACGCAGGAGUUUGAUCCUAUCAGGAUUGUCGAGCAAGGUGAACCUCGCAUCACAAGCGGCAUGGAGCGUGCGAUUUCCACCGGGAACUGGACACUGAAGCGUUUCCGCAUGGACCGAGCUGGUGUAACGCACGUGUUGAGCAGGCUCAGCUAUAUCAGUKCGCUAGGAAUGAUGACAAGAAUCAGCAGUCAGUUUGAGAAGACCAGGAAAGUCUCUGGACCUCGUGCUCUCCAACCAUCACAAUUUGGCAUGCUCUGUACUUCAGAUACGCCUGAAGGAGAAGCCUGCGGCCUGGUGAAGAACUUGGCAUUGAUGACACACAUCACCACGGCCGAUGACGAGGCUCCUGUGAGAAAGAUGAUGUACGUUCUCGGUGCUGAGGACGUCACAACUCUCUCUGGAACUGAAAUUUACGGAAACGGUGCAUACAUCAUCUUCAUCAACGGUACGCCCGCAGCUCUGACCCGUCAGCCGAAGCAAUUCCUCCUUGGGUUCCGCAGGUUCAGACGUAUGGGCAGAAUCUCCGAGUUUAUCAGCAUCUUCAUCAAUCACCAUCACAACGGAGUUCACAUUGCCACCGAUGAAGGCCGCGUCUGUCGACCACUGGUGGUUGUCGAAAAGGGCAAAUCAAAGGUCACAACGCGAUUCCUGGAAUCUCUGCGGAAGGGCACCAUGAACUUUGAUGAUGCUCUUUCUCGCGGUAUUGUCGAGUACCUCGACGUGAACGAGGAGAACGAUUCCAACAUUGCUGUCUAUGAACAUCAGAUUGACGAGCACACAACACACCUUGAAAUCGAACCCUUCACCAUCCUAGGAGCCGUCGCUGGACUCAUUCCAUACCCUCAUCACAAUCAAUCCCCUCGCAACACCUAUCAAUGCGCAAUGGGUAAGCAAGCUAUUGGAGCGAUUGCUUACAACCAGUUCACCCGCAUCGAUACUUUGCUCUACCUCAUGGUGUAUCCACAAAAGCCUAUGGUCACUACUCGGACAAUUGAGCUUGUCAAGUACGAUAAGCUCCCAGCUGGUCAAAACGCUGUUGUGGCGGUCAUGUCAUACUCCGGAUACGAUAUCGAGGAUGCACUUGUGUUGAACAAGGCGUCUUGCGACCGUGGCUUCGGCCGCUGUCAAGUCUUCAAGAAGAUCAGCAUGCCUCUCAAAUCGUACGGAAACGGCUAUCAAGACAGAUUGGGCGAUCGAGACGCUAAGAACACUCGUCACCGCAAGAUUGGAAAAGAUGGACUUGUUGAAGUGGGCUCGGAAUUGGAGAAUUCUGACAUGUACAUGCUCAAAGAAUCGCCGAUGAACCAGGCUUCGGCCAUUCCUCAAAAGGAUCAGAAAUGGUCACCGAUGCACAUGUCCUACAAACUGCCAGACCCUUGCUACGCGGACAAGGUUCAAAUCACGACCAACGAGGCCAACAGCACAAUCAUCAAGAUCCAAACCCGUCAGACUCGACGACCCGAGAUUGGCGACAAGUUUUCCUCCCGUCACGGCCAAAAGGGUGUUGUCGGACUACUGGCGGAACAAGCAGACAUGCCAUUUGCAGACUCCGGUGUCGUGCCCGACAUCAUCAUGAACCCGCAUGGUUUCCCGUCUCGUAUGACGGUCGGGAAGAUGCUGGAGCUUGUUUCUGGCAAAGCUGGUGUACUUGCGGGGAAGCAAGAGUACGGCACAGCAUUCGGAGGAAGCAAAGUCGAAGACAUGGGCGCUACUCUCGUCAAGCAUGGUUUCAGUUACUCCGGCAAGGACUGUCUGACCUCUGGCAUCACGGGCGAGAGUCUGCCAAUGUACGUCUUCUUCGGCCCGAUCUACUACCAGAAACUCAAGCACAUGGUGCAAGACAAAAUGCACUCUCGUGCUACUGGACCACGCGCCAUCCUGACGCGGCAGCCAACAGAAGGUCGAUCGAGACAGGGUGGCUUGCGAUUAGGAGAGAUGGAGCGUGAUURUUUGAUCGCAUAUGGAGCCAGUCAGCUGUUGCUGGAGCGAUUGAUGAUCAGUUCUGAUGCUCACGAGGUGGAUGWAUGCCAGGGCUGUGGCAUGAUGGGCUACAACAACUGGUGUCAGAGCUGUUCCAGUAGUCGGUCAGUGGUUCGCAUGACGAUGCCAUAUGCUGCAAAGUUGCUCAUCCAAGAGCUUAUGAGCAUGAAUGUCAAGGCUAGCUUGCAGCUGGCCGAUGAAUUCCCAAGGGAGCAAUGA